GGCAUAAGUUCGUAUAUUCUUUCAAAAGUGAUGCGAGUGUGCAGGACUUCUUCCCAUAUCUGUCUCAUUCAUUCCUCCAUCCUCCUAUCAGUCCUUUCUCGUUUUCUUCACAAAAAUAAUUAGAAGGAGGGGGUUAGGGCAGGAGGAAAGAAGGAAGGGAGGAUUGGCAAAAAGACAAAUGAUCUGCGCCCUACUGAAUUCCUCAUUUCAAGCACAUGAUGACCACCUCGAAGUUGGAGAAGUUAGAAACGGACCUUCCAAGGAGCACAUGAAUGCAGCACAACAAAGUUAAAAAUGAUAUUGCAGAAAUCGAAAGUUUCUGUUCCGGCUGGGCUCCAUUUUGAGUGCGUCGACGGAGAGUAGCUUAAACGCUUUGCUACUACAUCUUUCCAUAAUAUGGAAGAUCCUUUCUCAGGCACAUGUGUCUCUGAGGAUCAAGGUGCUAAAUAUGAAGCUUUAAGCCCUAAGCAGCAGAAGCGGGCACCCUCACCUGUACCCAGCGGUGUUUCUAUGAAGAGUGAUUGGUCAAAGAAUGAUCCAAUCAACUUCGGACAGGGAACCUUUCACGAUGAAGAGAGCUCCAUGCAACACAGGCGGGCACCCUCACCGGUACCCAGCGGUGUUUCUAUGAAGAGUGAUUGGUCAAAGAAUGAUCCAAUUAGCUUUGGACAGGGAACCUUUCACGAUGAAGAGAGGUUGCAAGCAGACCAGCAGUCCACGAGGACAGACAGUACAGCACAACAAACUUUGGGUCAAAGGCUCACACUGGAGGAGCAAAGAGUCCAGUUUGCCCAUAAAAAAUAUCUGGAAGUCAAAUGUCGGUGUCUGAUUGAGGGAAUCUCACAGCAGAGAACCCCCAGGGUCCUCAAUGAGAUCUAUACUGAGCUCUACAUCACAAAAGGGGGAACAGGGGAGGUCAAUGAUGAACAUGAAGUCAGAUGGAUUGAGAGAAAAUCCUGGAAAGAUGCACCACAAGGCAAACCAAUCAAAUGCAAUGAUAUCUUCAAACACUCUGAUGAGCGAAGCAAACAAAUAAGGACAGUGUUGACAAAGGGAGUGGCUGGCAUUGGAAAAACCGUUUCCGUCCAAAAGUUUAUUCUCGACUGGGCUGAAGGAAAAGCUAAUGAAGAUAUUCAUUUCAUAUUCCCGAUUCCAUUUCGGGUGUUGAACUUGAUGUCCCAGAGAAAUCUCAGUCUGAUGGAUCUAAUUCAUCAGCUUUUCACUGAGACAAGACACUUGACUGCAACAACUCUACUUGGCAAUGAUGAUCACAAAGUCCUGUUCAUUUUUGACGGUCUGGAUGAGUAUCGUCUCUCUCUAGAUUUCCAGAACAACAAGAUCUGUCACGAUGUGACGGAGCCAACGUCAGUGGAUGUGCUACUGACAAACUUGAUCAAGGGGAAUCUGCUUCCCUCAGCUCUUCUCUGGGCCACUUCCCGGCCAGCAGCCAGCAGUCAAAUCCCCUCAGAAUGCAUCGACCAACUGACGGAAGUCCGAGGUUUCACUGGCCCUCAGAGGGAGGAGUACUUCAGGAAGAGAAUCAGUGACGAGAACCUGGCCCACAGAACAAUCACUCACCUGAGGUCAUCCAGAAGCCUCUACAUUAUGUGCCACAUUCCAGUCCUGUGUUGUCUCACAGCCACUGUUCUGGAAAGAAUGUUGAGUAACAUAGAGAAUGGAGAGGCCCCCAGGACUUUGACACAAAUAUACACACGGUUCCUGAGCAUUCAGAUAGACAUCAAAAAAGAGAAAUACACAGAGAAAGACAAGGAUGAUGACAUGAUUUUCAAACUCGGGAAACUGGCUUUUGAGCAGUUGGAGAAGGGCAAUCUCAUCUUCUAUGAGGCAGACCUAAAGGAGUGUGGCAUGGAUGUUACAGAGGCAUCAGUGUAUUCAGGACUGUGCACUCAGAUCUUCAGAGAAGAAUUGAGCCUGCAUUACGGAAAGGUGUUCUGCUUUGUGCAUCUGAGCAUUCAGGAGUACCUUGCCGCUUUGUAUGUGCUUCUCUGCUUCGGCAGAAACAUACCUGCCAAACUCCAGCCUUCCCAGCUUUUAGCACUCUUCCAAGCUCCAACUCUUUUCGACCUGCACAAGGCUACUGUGGAUCUGGCUAUGCAGAAUGAGAAUGGUCAUCUGGACCUUUUCCUCCGUUUCCUGUUGGGCCUCUCACUGGAUUUCAAUCGGGCUCUUUUACAAAACUUUCUUCCAGAGACAUGGGGUCAGUAUCACAAGUCGGAUCAAACCGUCCAGUACAUCAAACAGCAGAUCAGGAAGAAUCCAUCUGCACUGCUAGAGAACUCUAAGUACUCCAGGAGUUCUUCCGUACGAAUGAUCAAUCUCUUCUACUCUCUGAAUGAGCUGAAUCAUCACGCUGUGGUGGAGUUCAUUGACAAGGCCUCAGGGUCAGGAACAGUCACUGUAGUGAUGCUUUUAUCGGGGGAAUGGAACACAAGGAAGUUUGUCUUUAAGGUGUCAGAAGAGGAGCUGGAUGAUUUUGACCUGCAGAAGUACAUAAAGUCACCAGAGAAAGAUUUGACGGAAUUUCUGAGUCCGGACGAGGUGCUUCAGAGGCUGCUUCCAUUGGUCACAGCAUCAAUGUCAGCGGACCUCGUUAACUCCAAGCUCUCAGAGAAAAGCUGUGCAUCUCUGGCAUCAGCUUUAAGAUCGGAAUCUUCAGACCUCAAAGAACUAAAGCUGAAUGGCAAUGAGCUGAAGGACUCAGGACUGAAAGUUCUGUGUUCUGCACUUAGUCAUCAGAACUGCAAACUGGUGAAACUAGAGCUUAUUGGCUGUAAGUUAUCCGAGAGAAGCUGUUCUUAUAUGGCCUCAGCCCUCACCUCCAGUUCCUCAAGUCUGAGGGAGCUGAACCUGAGUGGCAAUGACCUGCUGGAUUCAGGAGUGAAACAUCUAUGCACAGCCCUUUGUAAUCCAAACUGCAAACUGGAGACGCUAUGGCUUUUUAACUCAAAGCUCACACAGGACAGCUGUGCCUGCUUGGCCUCAGCCCUCAGCUCAAACUCCUCAAGCCUCACUGUGCUGAACCUGCGGUAUAAUAAACUGAGGGCAUCAGAUGUUGAGCUGCUAUCUGCUCUGGAGAAGAACCCAAACUGUAAAUUGAAGACACUACGAUGGAAGUAUUGAUCACCAACUCUUCAACAUUUCCUGGCAUGAUUCAGUAGCCUGUAUACCAGACUUUCUGACUUCGCAGAGAGUCUGGCCUAGAUCCAUAGGCAAACGUUUAUUUCCGAGUGGGAGGGCACAGUUUGAAGUUUCUCUGCAUCACACCCUUAACAAGCAAGCUUGCUGGAUCUUAUCAGCAAACAAGUUCCGAUUGUGCCCAAUUCCUCCUGACCCUGUUGAGGUGUCCUGGAGCAAGACACUGAACCUCCUGAUGUGCACGUGGGUGCCUUGCAUGGCAGCCUCUGCCAUCAAUGGAUGAGUGUAUGAGUGUGUGUGUGUGUGAAUGAGUGAAUGCGAGGCAAAAAAUUGUAAAGCGCUUUUAGUGCUCCGAAGAGUGGAAAAGCACCAUAUAAAUGCAAUUCAUUUACCGUUUAUGUAAAGCAAACCUUGGGACGUGGGAAAAGCACUUUUAAACAAAAAUGUAUUAUCAAAUGUCUAUGGUUUUUGUUACGUUUUUUUGUUGUUGUUAUGUCUGUUUGUUAAGUUUUUAUGCUAUUAUGUGUCAUUGUUAUUUUUAUUAGUCUAAUCAUGCGAAUGUGAUCUUGAUUGUUAUUCGAUGUUGUGAGACACUUUGGAUAAAAGUGUUGGAAGAGAUGGAAGGAGCUUUUUGUCUGUCUGUCAAGCAGACAUUAAAAGCAUUGACAGUCAAAAGGGUUCUGUCCAUUUAUUUUUAUUCAACCAGUGUUAAAUGCGAAGAGAUAUCAGGCUUUGCGCCACCUUGCGCCAGGUGCAUGAUAGGCCCCUGAAUUUGAGUGGUCAAAGGUCAAUAUUACUUUGACCUCACAAAAAAAACAAACAUAUUUUUCCACCUUAAGGAAGCAAAUUAGGCACUGUACACGGGUACCAAGAUAUUUUGUGUGGGAGAGUGUGAAAUAUUGCCGCUGUGUUAGUUGUAGCUGGAGUGCCUGCAUCCAUGGCUUGCGUUUUGGCUGGGUAUAUUGCUGAUCAGAUCGGCCACAGCAACAAUGAGGAAUGUAGGUAUUUGUGGGUGCCUUUAUCAAGGGCUUAUGUUUGGUCGAGUUAUGGUGCUGAUUGGAUCAUAAACAGCAGGAGCAAAGAAGAGGAAUGGCCAAAAAAUGUGCCCUCAUCAAGGGUUGGUGUUUUG